AGACCUUUCCCUCGACCAUUUCGCCAUGAGGAGGUUCUACAAUGACACGCUCUCUGCUCUUAUGACCCCUUCACAGAAACGGUAUGUAUGGAUGCUGGGCAGCAUAUUAAAAGGCAGACUAAAGAUGUCUCCUUCUCCAUCUUUCCUGCUCUGUGUUGUUCUUUAUAGUCUCCCCAAACUAAGACCAGAUGGAGGAUGUUUCCUGUUCCUGAGGGUCUACCAAAGUCUACAAGCUGUUUGCACGUCUCCAAUUUACCAUGUUAAUGCAGCUGAGACAGAUCGCCUCUACAUUGUGCUUCAGCCCGCUCAGCUGCUCAAAGGGGACAUCAUGGUGGUUUGUUAUGACAAAAACAGCCGGUCAGCCAGUCGUCAGGUCGUCUUCCGGCUACAGUUUCAUACGGGCCUCAUAUCUGGACACGCCCUCACUUUCUCAAAGGCGGACCUUGACUGUGCCAGAGAAGAUGCCCGGUUCCCAGAAGAUGGAAAAGUAGAGCUGCUAUUCUCUGAAAGUCCUGAAAAAAUUGCAGGCAGAGAGCUGUGGCACAAUGGACGCUCUGUGACAGUGGACUAUGACACCUUGGACCCUUUGGUUAGACGAGACUCUUAUCAGGACACAUCUUGUCUAGAAACAGCUCCCCCCCAUGCCCUGGACCCUGGAAACAUUGUUUUGAGUGGCAGAGAGAGGAAGACGAGCAGUGAGGAAGGAGCUUCAUUCCCUUUAACUACCUGCAGUGGUAGUUGCAGUGACCGAGCUCCGUCUGCCAGCAGUGAUUCUGGCUUGUCUGUUGCCUCACAGGGGCUGACUGGAGCCAGACUGAAGAGAGAAGCCAACCAGGACAAGUGCACCCAAGCAGGGAAGCUGUUCUCUGAGGUGGACUUUGAACUUCCUCAGCCUCUUCAGGAAGUCAUGACUGAGCUGGCUUCAUCUAGUGGAAGAAGGGAGGAGAUAGCUAGAGAUGAGUCUGGAUUGGGACACACAAUCAAUGGAGAGGCUUCGUCCAGCGAGAGGGAGACUGACAUAUUGGAUGAUGAGGAUGAAGCAGAUAGUGGUGCAGUUCCUGCUCUAGACAUUCCGAACUCAAGUAGUAUUUGCUCCCUCUCGUCCGAAAAUCUGCCCAAAACUCAGAAUCUAGCCCAAAGUGAGUACUUGACGCACUCCUGGGUACAGCAGCAACAAAAGGCUGCUGUCAGUGAUAACUUCAUUACAGUUGAUGGGGAUAGGAAGUCGAGCAGGAUGAAGAAAGGGAGGCCACCACCUCUGGCUGCAUCUGUGGCUGCUCCAGAUACUCCACCUCGAGGACUCAGCAGCAGGGAAGCAGUGCAGAGAGGGCUGGUGCAUGAGAAUGAUGCACAUAUCAUAGAUAAAACACAGAACAUACACUCUGCUAAUACCACACAAACGACAGCUUGUCAAGAAGACGAACUAGCGUCUUUAUCCACAGACAUUGAUGAGUCCAUAGAGCAGCUCAAUCAGCUGAUUCUGGAUUUGGAUCCCACCUUUGUUCCUGUUCCUACCUGCUGUUCCCCCUUAACUCGCUCUGCUUCCCUACACAGCAAUGGCCUCAGCAACAAGGGAAGAACUCAUCAGUCAGGUUGGAUACAACAGAAGCAGGUCACUGAUGUUACAGAUUACGCUGGUCAUCAUAGUCCAGUAUGGAGAGAGGGUGGACAUCAGAGCCUAAGGAGUUCCCCAGGCUACAGUCCUUCCUCGCCCUCUCAGCACGGACAUCUCUAUAAAUCCAAUAGUGUGGACUAUCAAGGACGGACAGUUAGCUCUGACAUCGUCCCUCCCACUCCAGCCUUCCCAGUGUCUCCUCCAACGCCUUAUGUGAAACAUUUCUCAGAGUUUUCCCAGCUCAGGACAGGCAGGCAGUUUGACCAACACAGCUUGACACAAGAUUCCCGGAGUUUCCUGGACAGCAUGAACCACGGCAGCAGCUCCACAGAGGGAGAGAUAUUCAGAUCAGAUGUUCCUGCUUCCUGUCAGAGGAUCUUUGGCUCCAUGUGCUCAGUGUCAUCGGGCAGCCCCCUCCCACACGCAGACAGCUCCACUCCUCCUCCAGUGUGGCACGACCAUACUUCAAACUCCCUGAACUCCCCGUAUCCUUCCCAGCCAUCACCUCCUCUAUCUCUCAACUCUCCCAAUGCCCACAGUUCUCCUCAUGGGCCUGCAGGGGCCCACAGGGGGAGGGACAGCACAGACUUGUCCUCAUUAUUGUUGGGGAAUGGUGGCCUGGAGGAGAGCCUGCUGGAGGCAAUGGAGGGCCUUGGUAGUUUUAACCUGCUUGGAGAGGAGGGCCUUGCUCCACUGUUGCCUGAGAAAAGAAGGGGAGGUGAAGGGGGAGAGCUUAGCUCCCGCUCCCCUUCACUGAGUGGAUAUUCUAGCCCUCGUAGUGGAAGCAGUCUCAGCAUCCCUUUCUCAUCUUCCAUGACCCCUGACCCCCUAAGAGGAAUCAGUGGGGCCUCGUCACCUGGAGCAGACUCUGGCAGUAAGCAGGACACUGUGAAGUUUGUUCAGGACACUUCCAAGUUCUGGUACAAGCCCGACAUUUCCAGAGACCAAGCCAUCGCGGUGCUGAAGGACAAAGAGCCGGGUUCGUUCAUUGUCAGAGACAGCCAUUCAUUUCGCGGCGCAUACGGUUUGGCCAUGAAGGUGGCCACACCUCCUCCAUCAGUGGUACAGAGCAAAAAAGGAGGAGAUCUGUCUAAUGAGCUGGUGAGACACUUCCUGAUAGAGUGCACACAGAAAGGUGUUCGGCUUAAAGGAUGCCCCAAUGAGCCUUACUUUGGAAGUCUCACAGCGCUGGUGUGUCAACACUCCAUCACACCACUGGCUCUGCCCUGUAAACUCAUCCUGCCUGACAAAGAUCCACUAGAGGAGCUGAAUGACUCCUCUACACAGACAGCAACAAACUCAGCAGCUGAGCUUCUCAAACAAGGAGCAGCGUGCAAUGUGUGGUACCUGGGCUCCGUAGAGCUGGAAUCUCUCACGGGACACCAGGCGGUCCAGAAGGCGACCACAGUCACGCUCUCCAUGGAUCCUCCACCUCCCUCCACUGUCGUACAUUUCAAAGUCUCAGCGCAGGGAAUCACACUCACAGACAACCAGCGGAAGUUGUUCUUCAGGAGACACUACGCUGUCAACACUGUCAUAUUCUGUUCUCUGGACCCGCAGGGCAGGAAGUGGACACGAGACAGCGGCUCCACUGCAAAGAUCUUUGGAUUUGUUGCAAGAAAAUCUCAGAGUGAGACUGAAAAUGUGUGCCAUCUGUUUGCUGAGCACGACCCUGAGCAGCCGGCGAGCGCCAUUGUCAACUUUGUCUCGAAGGUCAUGAUCGGGUCGCACAAGAAGUAGCGAGAAAGAGACUUGAGCAGUGGAGUAAAGAACUUGGACUUAUAGGAAUCCUGCCCAAAAGUCAUAUAAAUAUGAAAAACUUUGAAUCCUUACACUCCAGCGCCUUCAGCUCCUAUUCCUACCUGCGGAGUACAUUUGUCUUUUGCACUGCAGGAUGCUAGAAAGUCAGUUCACAUUUUGGCUAUUUUAUUGAACCUUUAUUUUGAAACUUAUUCUAAACGCACUUAUGACAUUGAUCUUGCUUGUGGCAGACAGUGAAAACUGCCCAUUGUAACACACUUAUUUCAAAUCAAGGAAUAUUAGAUAGUCCGCACACAAACACAUAUUUCUAAACACAAUUCCAAUUCUGAUUUUUCUGUGUUUUACUUGUAAAAAGAGUCAAAACAGGUUUCAUCAUCAGCUUUGUGUAAACUAAUUGUUAUGUUCAGUGAAACCAACAAUAUUUUAGCAUGACAGGCAAUAUUUUGGUUUCCCUGUACUUAAGAUGAAUCAUUUAUGUCAUGUUUAUGUAUUGGUUGAGAUAUUUAUCCAUUUUAAAGAUGUGUCAUUGUCUUUAUUUUCCCAAAAUAUAUUUGUCAUAUAUUUUUUGUAUAUUAACACAUAUUGUACAUUAGCAUUAAAGGAAGUGUACUUAAGAAUUUAUGGAGUUUUCUUACAAAUUGUGGAAAAAUACUUUGUAAUGUUUUACACAGUGAGCUAUUACAUAUACAGUUGUUCAUGUGUCUUUUAUUGAUCCAGUUUGUGUACAGUUAUUAUGCCCUAAAUUUUCUCUUUGGAUCUUUUGAUGAAUGUCGAUGAAUCUCUGAUGUAUUGUUACUGUUUCCAUGUUACAAAAUGGUUUUUUCCAUUCAAUUACUGGAGCAUGUCAAAGAUUAACUUUUGUUUGUUUCUGUCGCUCUGAUGUAAAGCCAAAAAUAGAGUGUACCGUUUCAGUCCACCGCAGCUUAACAGUUUGAUCCUGAGAGCAGACACAUGUCCCUUGACAGUUUCACCUGCCCAUUCAAACUCUGCCCAAUCAGACAUGCAGAGCUACCCGGUGUAGUGACCCCUUAUGAUUAAGCAAGCUGAAAGUAACUUCAGAUCAACUGAUCUCAAUGUCAUCACAUUGGCUCACUCAUUUAGGUCACAGUAUUUAAGCUCCUGUAGCCUGUCUACAGUUAUGUAUCUGCAAGCCGUUUUGCAACCCACCUUCCCCUCAGAUCCUUCUUUCUAGCUCCAUCUGAGUUAAUCACUGUCAUCCCUGUGCUGGUUUCCUCAUGUGAGAAGUCUUAGAUCACUGCAAAAUUUUAAUCACUGCAGGUGGAAGUGAUUUAAAUGGGGACAGUGCAAUCAAACUGGAGAUGGUGGAGUGGUAAAUUGACUGAUUCUUACACACUGCUUUUGUAACUCCUGAGCACUCAAAGUGCUUUAUAGAACUUGCCUCAUUCACACCAGCACUUGUUUCUGUGCUUUUUCUAUCUGACAUUCACAUCAGGGAGCAGCUUGGGGUUAGUAUCGUGCCCAAGGAUAUUUGGCAUGCAGACCGGAGCAGGAAGGAUUUGAACUACCAACUUUCAAAUUAGCAGAUGACCUUCUCUACCUUCUGAGCUACAGCUGCCCGAGUCUGGAUGAGUGUCAGAAAUGUAUAAAAGAAUGGAAAUGCCAUUCUUCUUUAACUAUAUUGUUAUUGACUAAAAUUUCUUUCUUUUUUUUUUCUUUUUUUUUUUUUAGCAAAAACUAGUUAACUGUGAUGAUUAUUUUGAAGUUCCUUUUGAGAUUAAUUCCAUGUCCUUCCUUUUCUGAAUUUUACAAUAUGAUAAAAUCCCACAAGAGCUUCCUCUUCCUCUCAUUCUUAGGAGCAAUAAUAAUGUUCCCUCUGCUUGAUUUAAUCAAGUUUUAAUUUGGUUUUUAACACUUUGAGAAUGAUUGAGUGACUGAUCAGAAACAGUUGAGCAGUAAAAAACUAUUAAAUAAAGAUGAU